ACCCCAUGUCCCCAAACUGAGCACAACAUUCUCUGGAAUCAAGCCAAUAGAAAGCGGACACCACACAGACACAGGCAAGCCUCCGCCAAGUCUAACUGUGUUGUGACUUGUGAGAGUGAGAUAAUGGUGGCAAUAGCACAAAUGGGAGUUCUCUCUUUUAGCUCUUGCUUCCCUUCUCUUUCCUCUCCUCGCUCCUUCAACAAACGCACAACAUUUGCUAUGGCGGCAAUGAGUGACGACCCAGUACGUGAGUGGAUUCUCACAGAAGGAAAGGCAACCCAAAUUACAAAGAUUAGUCCUAUUGGUGGUGGUUGCAUUAAUCUCGCUAGUCGUUAUGACACUGAUGCUGGUUCAUUCUUUGUUAAAACAAACAGGAGUAUCGGACCAUCAAUGUUUGAGGGGGAGUCUCUUGGUCUUGGCGCAAUGUAUGAAACCAGAACAAUCCGAGUACCUAGGCCAUUUAAGGUUGGACCUUUACCAACUGGCGGAUCAUAUAUCAUCAUGGAAUUCAUUGAGUUUGGUUUUUCUAGAGGUGAUCAGUCUGUUUUAGGGAGGAAGCUGGCCGAAAUGCAUAAAGCUGGGAAAUCCAGUAAAGGUUUUGGUUUUGAUGUUGAUAAUACCAUUGGCAGUACUCCGCAGAUAAACACAUGGACAUCAGAUUGGAUUGAAUUUUAUGCAGAGCAUAGAUUGGGUUACCAGCUGAGAUUAGCAUCAGACCAGUAUGGCGAUUCAACUAUUUAUCAAAGAGGACAGAGACUGAUGAAGAACUUGGCACCUCUUUUUGAAGAUAUUGUCAUAGAGCCAUGCUUACUGCAUGGAGACUUGUGGAGUGGGAAUGUCAGCUCUGACAAGAAUGGCGAGCCUGUUAUUCUUGAUCCAGCCUGUUACUAUGGACAUAAUGAAGCCGAAUUUGGAAUGUCAUGGUGUGCUGGUUUUGGAGGAUCAUUUUACAAAUCCUAUUUUGAGGUGAUGCCCAAACAACCAGGCUUCGAGAAAAGGAGAGAUCUUUACAUGUUGUAUCAUUACUUGAAUCAUUACAAUCUCUUUGGUUCUGGUUACCGUUCAUCUGCCCUGUCAAUAAUAGAUGAUUAUUUACGGAUGUUGAAAGUGUAGGCAUCGGUUAAACAGCAAUAUCCAUAUGUAAAUAACUUUUUUUGGAUUAGAAAUAUAUGUAUGCUUUGAACCAAGCUGAAACUUAUUUCUAUUUGCCAGAUAUCUUAUAAAUUUGUUUA